GGCGGCUUUGGUGGCGAUUGGUUGCUGCAGAGUUUCCCUGGUACAUAGACAAACUGCAUUUUGCUGUCGCUCUGCGUUCAGUGAUUUUCUCCCGGAAAAAGAAAUUGGAAUUUCCGCUUUUACUUUUUGAAAAGAAAAAUUAAAAAUUAGGCAAAGAAGAAGAUUUGCAGAGGAAUAGGAAAAGGCUAAUAUAAGAAAAAAGAAAAAACUAUAAGAAAAGAAAUAAGGAAAAUAUGGUUGAGGUAGGCCUGUUGUUUAUUGGUAAGAGAGAGAGAGAGAGAAAAGGAGCGAUUUCAUCAAACUAAGUACUCAUUUCCUACUCCUAAAUGCACACUUUUCUCCACGAAACAAGAUUAUUUUGAAAGGAAGCGUUCUGGCGGCGUCUAAUUAAAAUUAACGCCUUUCUCCCUCUUCUCCCAAAUCUUUUCGGCUUAGUAAUCCAUACAUUUUUAAGGAAAAAAUUUUCUAAAUUUCAUUACUAUCUAUUUUCUCAACAGUUUCUCCAAGUUCAAGGUCAUUAAUAAUCCUUAUUGCUCCGUUAGCUCUUUUUACUCAAAAACAAACAAGAAAACAAUAAAAGUAUAAUUACAGUUUAAAGCGUUAAAAGAGACGCUAAAGAUUAACAUUAUAUUUGAAAAGCAAAAAGAGAAAGAGAGAAAAAUACGAUUUUAAAAGAAAAAACAUGGAAUUUUUGAAUUCUUUAGUUGUUUGUCUACCUAUUUCUAGAUGCAAGUAAUACUAGAUCUGAUCCUAUGCAUAAGAUAUGUAACAGGAUGUACUGCAAAGUGUUACUGUUUGUUUAUCUCAUGGAUCUAUCAUUAACCGAAUACGUGAAAGUAGAAACUGCAUAUGGACGAGUGACGGGAACUAGAAAAGUUGUAAAUGAUUUUCGAAUUGAAACUUUUCUUGGUGUACCAUACGCAAAACCACCCGUAGGAGAUCUCAGAUUCCGUAGGCCUAUUCCACUUACUCAAUAUCCACCAGAGGGCAUAAAUGCCACAAAAUUGCCUCCAACUUGUAUUCAACCAAUUGAUACAUUAUUUGGUAUGCACGAAGGUGUUGAAAUGUGGAAUCCCAAUACAAAUAUAAGCGAAGAUUGCUUGUACAUGAACAUUUGGAGACCGUGGAAAAGGAAAGGUUUACUUCCGAUUUUGAUUUGGAUUUAUGGGGGAACUUUUGUAUCAGGUAGCUGUAGUUUGGAUAUUUAUGAUGGUUCUGUAUUGGCUGAAAAAGCUCAGGCAAUAGUUGUAGCAAUGAACUACCGUACAGGACCACUUGGAUUCUUUUAUUUAAAUGAUAGAGGUGGAGAAGUUCCGGGUAGUCAGGGUAUUGCUGAUCAACAAAUAGUCAUUAGAUACUUCUGGAAUUAUGCUAAAGAUUGGGGUGGUGACAGGAAUAGGAUAACACUUUCUGGCGAGAGUUCUGGAGCAGUUUCAAUAGGAUUGCACAUUCUCUCUGACGCCGUCCAGUACGUAUCAGGGGUAAUAUUGAAUUCAGCCACUCCUCUAGCAAGAUGGGGAGUUCAAUCCAGAGAAAAAGCGCUAAAAAGGGCUGAGCAAUUAAGCAGGAAAUUAGGUUGUUGGUUAGAAAAUGAAAUGGAUACAAUUAAGUGUCUUCGCUCAAGACCAGCAAAGGAUUAUCUCGAUAAUCUAUAUCAUGUACAAGAGCAUUACUUCGAACCACCUUUUGGACCAACAAUCGACGGAAGCAUAUUAAAAAGGGAUCCGAGAGAAAUAUUGAAAUCUGGAAAAUUCAAGAGAAUACCAAUGAUAGUAGGUAACACAAAGGAUGAAGGAAUGUACUUUUUUAUAUAUGGAUUUCCAGAGGUAUAUAAAAAGAUGAAUAGCUCUUCAACAUGGGAUAGUUCAGACUAUUUUUUCUAUUUGAGAAAAAUUAUAAAAUCUGUAUCAGAGAAAUAUCAUAAGGCAUAAAAUUUUCACUAUUCAUAAGCCUUUACAUAAUUAAAUAGUUAAUUAGUAAAAUAACUUAAAAAAUUGGAAAUAAUAACAAAAAACAAGACAGAAAUCUAUUGAGAAGAUUUCUAAUCUUUUAUUCUUCUUCAUUAUUAUUAAUUAUUAUCAUUUGUUCAAGUUUUUCAUGAAUAGUGAAAAAUUUUUAAGAUUGUUGAAAAGGCAACCGACUUUGAAUAUAGAACACCGACAGAAUUUCGUAAUCAACCCAAAUUACGCGAUAUUAUGGACGAUAUUGUAGGUGAUUUGGAAUUUGUAUGUUCAACGGUUAACUAUUCAACUUAUUACGCAAGCCAAGCGAAUCCUGUAUAUAUGUAUAGAUUUAUGCAUAAAAAUGAAAAAAACCCCUGGCCGGAGUGGAUGGGUGUAAUGCAUGGUUAUGAAAUCGAUUAUGAAUUUGGAACUCCUUUCCGAUCGGAUUAUAAAUUUAUCAAGUUUAACGACAAAGAACGUCGAUUGAGUGAUAGUAUAAUAAAGUAUUGGAAACAAUUCAUUCAUAAUCCAAAGAGGCCAAUAAAGUUUAAUAAUAAAAACUAUUGGCCUAGAUUCGAUAUGAAAGAUAGGAAAUAUUUGAAGUUUAACAUCUCAAAUUCAGAUGAAAUUGGCGAAGGUGGACUUCGAACUCGUAAAUGUAAAUUCUGGGAAUCAUUCAUACCAAAUUUAAUCACAAAUUUGGAUAAUUUACCAUCAGAAUUAGGCUAUUCCAGUUUGGCUUGUAUAAACGUGGCAAACAUUUACGUUUUAAUUAUAGUGCUGCUCAACAUUACUUAAUGCACCAGUGAAUGCCUUUUCCUCCCUGACAAACUUUCUUUCUCAUGUCAUCGCACAGCAACGAACUUUUCAUCAGCAGGAAUAUUAUAAUUAGUUAAUUCGACUCUCUCUCUCUUUCGUCUAUCUACCUAUUUAUCUCACUCACUCUCUCUCUCUCUCUGUCUUUUAUGAAAAUUGACUUUAGUAUGGAUUUUAGCAAAAAGAAUGAGAAAUAAAAAAUACUAAUAUAUAAAAGAAUAGUAUUUAUGUACAUGAAUGUAAUUAUAUGUUGCAUCUUUGCGUCUGUGUACAAUAUUGUAUUUAGGUUUGUUGAGAAUAAUAGAAAAAUAAAAUAGCGUUGUGAAAAAGGCAAA